AAUGAACAGUCAGACUUGAGAUUUGAACAAAACGGGUUGGUAAACAAUAGAUUUGAUUGGUCAAAGUUGAUGAGAAAAUGCGGUCAAUUCAAAAAGGUUCACCUUUCAAUGGGAAAAGAUUGAGGUGGAAACUUCGAUCCACCAGAUGGCAGAUGUUCACAAAUGGAAUCAAAUUUUUUCGGUUCUCUUUUGAUUCGAUGGUCGAUGUAUCGAUGAGAAAAUUUUAUCCAAUCGAUGAGAGAAAACAAAAAUUCAUUUCCAAUUCUCUGAAAAGAUUAAAUUGUUUAUUAUUUACUUUUUUAAUUUCUUUCAUUUUCUCCAUUGAUUCUUUUAGAUUAACAACGACUGGUUAAUCUUUUGCUUCGAUAUUUUCACGUAAUCGUUGGAAUCCUGUGGAAAAGUUUCGUCGUUUCUUUCGUUUCUUCUCCUUCUUCUUUUUCCUCUUUUUCUCCUCUUCUUUUUUUACCUUUUUGUUUAUCUCUUGUUUUCUCUCUCUCUUUCUUUCUUUCUCUUUCAUUCUUUAUUUGCCUUUCCCUUUUUUUCUCAGGAAGAAUUUUUAUAUCUAAAUUGUACUAUAAAGUGUAAAAAUUGUUUGAAAGACAAUAAUCGACACAAUCGUUGUUCUCAUUUAGUCUUUUUCUAUGGAGGUGAAACAAGAAAGCUCCAAAAGUGGUCCUGGUAGUAAUAAUGGUGAUGCCAAUGAUUCCAUUGAACCUCCGAGUAAAAAAUUCCGAGCCACUGAAGAUGUUGAUAUUCGCCUUCUCAUCUCACGAAAAGAAGCUGGUGCAAUUAUUGGUAAAGGCGGUGUAAAUAUAAACCAUUUACGUAAAACGUAUAAAUCUAGUGUAAUCAUACCCGAUUGUCCAGGUCCAGAAAGAGUUCUCACCAUUGUUAUCUCAUUAAACACGCUCAAUGAAUUUAUGAUGGACAUGAUUGGCUAUCUUGAUGAUAAGAAUAAUGAGAAAGAGGUUGAAUUGAGAUUAUUAAUUCAUACUUCUAUUGCUGGUGGAAUCAUUGGUAAGGCUGGAAAAAAGAUUCGUGAAUUACGGGAACAGACAAAAGCAGCAAUUAAACUGUACAGUCAAUGUUGUCCCAAUUCAACGGAAAGAAUAUGUGCCAUCACUGGGGGAACCACGGUAGUCGCUAAUGCGGUUAAAGUUAUUCUUGAUAUAAUUAUGUCAACUCCGCUUAAAGGUGUAGUUAAAUUGUACGAUCCUCGAAUGACCGAUCCACUUGCAACCAAUGCCAUUGAAUAUGGAGGUAUAGUUGAUCCAACUUACACCAAUUCAGUUUAUCGUAAUCUAACCCGAUUAUCUAAUGGUGGUCCGAACCCGUUAACACUUACAAGAACUCCUCUUGCUGGUGAACAUUGGGAUGGUCGAAGUGCACUUCAUUUACCAAUGGCCGAUUUAAGAGCAGCCCCAGCUGAUCCCAAAGCAUGGCUUCAAGCUGCUCAGGCUUAUCAAUAUGCUCCUCAUCACACUGCCCAAAUGGGACCUGAUGUUACCGGUGCCCCGAUACCAACAACAACUGACCUUUUCCAUCGAUGGGUCACUCCUGUUAAAUUUUAAAGUAAAGCACACAUACAAAAUUCACUAAACACUUAACCACACACACACACACAUACAAAUGAUGCACAGACUCACACAUACAACAAGAACAAACAAUCAACACAAUAUUAACACCGGAAAACAAAAGUUGACCUUUACUUUUACCAGAACAGCUUCAUCACUGGUUCGAAGUAAACAAAAAAGAACAAAAUUUCUUUCUCUUUCUCUUUACUCUAUUUACUUUCACCAUCGUUGAGGCCUCGCUUUUUUUUUCUUUACCACUAAUUACAAUUGGCUAGAAAAGUCGAUAACUGAAGCCACACACCGAAUUGACGGAUUUUUCGAUUCCUUUGACUCUCAAUCGAAUCGCUUGUCCAAACCCAUCAAAGGUACAAGAAAAAGCCACCGGAAGCUAAUCACUCAGCGAAAAUCAUCUUAUUUUCAAAUUCUAUUUUCUAACAUCUUUCUUUCUCUAUCUCUCUCUUUUCUCUGUCAAUUUUGUCUUUUUUUCUCUCUCUCUCUAUCAUCUUUCAACUCUACUCAACUUACCAUUAAUUCAACUACUUUUGUUAAUUAUUCAUCUUACUUAUUAAUGAUAAUUAAUGGAAACAAAAAAUGACCAUUUAACUUAAUGUGAUGUCCAAAGGAUGCACAUUUCAGUGGUGUGUCUUUAUCUCUGUCUCUUUUCCUCUCUUUAUAUCUUGUGUCUUUCUCGUAAUGGAAAUCAAAAGGAAUCAGUUUAAAUGAAUGAUAACCAAUCAUCAAGAGGCUAAAUCAAUACUAACAAUUAACCAAAAAAAAUCUAAACAUUUCAUUAAUCUUGCAAUUGAACAAUGAACCACGAAAGAAUCAAGCCAAACCUAAUUGAAAAAGAAACAAACAGAAAAGAAAUGGAAACAAAAUUAAUCAACCAACUAAACACAAAUGGGACCUUGUAUGAUGAAUGAGUUAAUUGUCGCAAUUAACUUAGCCUGUAAAAUGUUUUUGCAUAUUAAUUUAACUUAUUCAUGAAAAACAAAUAAGAAAAGUUAUCUUUCUCAUAGAAAAA